UGUGGUAGAUACAUAAUAAUAUCGUUCGCACGAAACAUCUGGCACUGGAUUAUCACAUCUCUGCAAUCCAAGAACCAUCCCAACUGCGCUUGUACUCUAAACGGACGUCGAAUUAAUCCUCCACAUUGAUGUAAGUGGCAGCCAUGAGCGACAGUCAUCCCCUGCGCCCGCUGGGUUCGGCGUCUGAAGUCGACCACAUGCACCUUCUGUCUGAGCAGCUGGCUGCCUUGGUGCCUGCAGAGGAAUACAGUGAUGUUACUUUUUUAGUGGAGGAGAAGCGAUUUCCAGCUCACAGGGUUAUUCUGGCAGCUCGCUGUCAGUACUUCAGAGCUCUGCUGUAUGGUGGGAUGAGGGAAUCUCAGCCCCAGGCCGAGGUCCGUUUGGAAGACACUCGAGUCGAAGCUUUCUCCAUGCUCCUGCGUUACCUAUACACAGGCAGAGCCAGCCUGAGUGAAGCUAAGGAGGAAACUUUGUUGGACUUCCUGGGCUUGGCGCAUCGCUAUGACCUCCAACCAUUGGAGGCAUCCACCUGUGACUACCUACGCACUUUGCUCAACACUCAGAACGUGAGUCUGAUAUUUGACGUGGCCAGUCUGUAUCACCUCAGCAGUCUGGCUGAAGCCUGCUGUUCUUAUAUGGACCAGCAUGCUGUAGACGUGCUUAAGUCUGACGGCUUUCUCGCUCUGUCCAAGUCUGCACUGUUAACAGUAGUGAGGAGGGACUCGUUCGCAGCAAGUGAGAGGGAGAUCUUCCAGGCCCUGUGUCGCUGGUGUAAGCAGAACAGCGAGGACCCCAGCGCACGGGAAGUGAUGGCGGCCAUGCGCCUCCCCCUCAUGAGCCUGUCAGAAAUGCUAAACGUGGUUCGGCCAUCAGGUCUCGUCAGCGCAGACGAACUGCUCGACGCCAUCCAGACGCGCUCAGAGAGAAGAGACAUGGAGCUCAACUAUCGCGGCGUGCUCAUCCCUGAAGAGAACUUUGCCACCAUGAAGCACGGAGCUGUGGUCGUGAAGGGUGAGCUAAAGUCGGCCCUGUUGGACGGAGACACUCAGAAUUAUGACCUGGACCAUGGCUUUACCAGGCACCCAAUAGAGGAUGACGGUCGCAGCGCAGGAAUCCAGAUUCGCCUCGGCCAGCCUUCCAUCGUCAACCACAUUCGCAUGCUGCUCUGGGAUAAAGAUAGCAGAUCUUACUCCUAUUACAUCGAGGUCUCAAUGGAUGAGCUGGACUGGGUGCGUGUGGUUGACCACUCCAAGUUCCUGUGUCGCUCUUGGCAGAAUCUCUAUUUUCAAUCCCGAGUCUGCAGGUUUAUCCGUCUUGUGGGGACGCACAACACAGUCAACAAGGUCUUUCAUUUGGUGGCUUUUGAGUGUAUGUUCACACAGCGCUCAUUCGUCCUGGAGAGUGGCCUUCUGGUUCCCACUGGGAAUAUUGCGACAGUGCAGACCUGUGCGAGUGUAGUGGAAGGUGUCAGUCGUUGCCGAAAUGCCCUGUUAAACGGAGACACCAGCCACUACGACUGGGACUCGGGCUACACGUGCCAUCAGCUGGGCUCUGGUGCCAUUGUCAUUCAGCUCGCCCAGCCUUACCUACUCAGCUCUAUAAGGCUGCUGUUAUGGGACUGUGAUGAGAGGAGUUACAGUUACUAUGUGGAGGUUUCCUCAGAUCAGCAGCACUGGGUUCAAGUGGUGGAUCGCACUCGAGUAAUGUGCAGGUCAUGGCAAACUCUGCAGUUUGAAAAACAACCAGCAUCGUUUAUUCGGAUUGUGGGGACACACAACACGGCCAACGAGGUGUUUCACUGUGUGCAUUUCGAGUGCCCGGCUCAGCUAGACACCGAGGUCAAAGAAGGCAGUCCUGGCUCAAACCAGUCAAACCAGACUCGCAAUUCACAGCAACCUCAGCAGUCCGGGCCUCAGGGCCUUUGUACCGCGAGAAUCUCCAUGUCGACCUUGCACACAUAGGAUUGUGACUUUCUCAGUGCUGGCAUGAACAGCAAACACAUAUCUACAACAGACACAGAGCGCUUAAGUGUUCCAGCAGAACAUGCAAAUAAUAUAUUAUUUAUUAUUUAAUACUUACAGUGCUAUUAAUAGUGAACAGUAAUAUUUAUGACGUUGCUGUAUAUAAUAUGCACUUUGUUUAUUAUAUUCAGUCACCAACACAAACAUUAAAGCCUGCCUUUUCUUUUCUUUA